UUUUUUUAAAAAUAUCCCUAUUUGAAUUUGAAAAAUUUCCCUUUGCAACAACAGCUGUCAAAGGGGGGAUAUUUGUCGAUGUAUUGGUGUCAACGGUUGAUCGUUAUUUCUUUAUAAGGUUUUGAAGCUCCGUGUAAUGAAAUGCACCGUGCGAAUUCCUUAAAUUAUGCUGCAAAUAUUGAAAAUAAUUGAAAAUGGUUAAAAAUGCGUAAAAGAUUAUAAUAACGACCACGCGCUGCGUAAUUUACACGUCCAGAACUCAAUCCAUGCCCGAUAAACGCACCGCCCGUUGCCGUCAUUUUGAAUUGCAUUAUCGUCGUGCUCGCAGCAAGCGUAGCAUCGGUCGGUCCGCUUUAUUGUUGUGCGUUGUUUGUGCCGGUUUGUUUGUCCUGGUUCGCUUUUUCAUCGUUUUGUGCAAGUUAAAACUGCAAAAGGGUGCAACAUUAAACAAAAACCGCGCCCAUGGCGAAGGCACGCGAAAUGUAUCUGGCACUGUGCCUGCUGGACGCAAUCGAGGAUGCCAACAUAGAAGCCCUGCAGCUGGUGCUGGACAAGUACGGUGCGAGCCCAAACACAAUCUUCCCGGAAAAGGGCGUCGCACCGAUGCAUCUGGUCAUUGGUGCGGACGACGAGACGUUUGCGCUGCGGGCCACCUCGCUGAUGCUGCAGCGCGGCGGCAGCGCUAACCUGCCAGCGGCCGAACAGAUGCUCACGCCGCUCCACGUAGCGGCCAACCUCGGACGGGUCGCAAUCGUGCGGCUGCUGCUGAGGGCGGGCGGCAAUGUGGAGCUGCUGGACGAGGAAGACCGUACACCGAUCCAGCACGCCAUCGAUGGCGAACACUUCGAGGUGGUGCAGGUCAUACAGAACCACGUCUUCGAGCAAAAGAUCGACCAGAAGCGCAAGCAGCUAAUCAAGCAGCAGCAGCAGGAACAACAACAAACCGUUCUGUCCCCCAGCAUGCGGUUCAAGAAGAGUGUGGCCGGCUUUCUGCCAGCGGUUUCCUCUACCCGGCUGCACCCAAACAGCGCACUAACCGCCCUGCAGGUGCUGGAGGAGCACAAGCUGACGCCGAACAAGUUACACUACAACUUUGACGCCACCAGCCCGUACUACGUGAACAUAACGCACCGACGGAAGGAUCGGUUUAAAACACUCUUCCCAACGGAUGACGCUACUGCUAAUCGGGAAAACACUGCACCGACCGUUGACGAUGAGUCGCUCGGGUGCGAACCAAUCGCUGCCCGAGAGCGGCGGCGACAGGAAACAGCGCUCGAUAGUACCGAGGAGCUAGGAGAAGAGGGGUUGGUGCAUGAGGUGCCGAGCAGGACCAAUUUGUUCGAACUGACGGAGCGCAAUUUGCGGGAUUUUACACGCGACAGUGAACCGACGGGCAGGCGAAGAUCGUUCAUCGAGUGCUGGCGUGAGAAGAUAGCGGAACUGCGGGAGCGAACCCGCAUUAGCCGACGGUUGGACGAUAUCGAUCGGAUACUGAACAGCUUCUCCGAAAACACGGUGCUGGAAUCGUUUAUGGACGAGGUGGAGGAAACGUUUGUAACUGCCGCGGACGGAGAGGAGGAGGAGGAACGGUUGAAAACGAGCGACGAAACUGUUGUUUCAGAAAGAGAAGAGUGUCCACAACAAUUUCCGGAAUUAAUUGAACAGAAUGUCCCGGAGGAAAUAGCUCCCACGGUUCAACCACAAUUUAUGGACAUCGUACAAAUAAGCGAAGAAUACAUCCACACGGACGACGAGGCGGGUGUGGUGUUUCGGGAAAAGCGAAUGAUUACCGCACCAUCCACGAUUCCCACCAUUCAGGUAACAUCGGAAAUAGCUGAGCCGGUUUCAAACGUCCCGGGAAAAGGUCCACCAUCAACAGCAAGACGGAAUCCGUCACUUACAAGCCUUUCUACAGCGGUCACGUUGCCUCCGCUUGAUUACGACACGGACGCGCUGCGCGCCGAGCUGACCACGUUCGGUGAACCACCCGGCCCGAUAACGAGUAGCACCAAAAAACUGUACUUAAGAAAGCUGGUCAAAUUGCGACGCCAUCCAGAACGAUUGGAGAACGGAAGUGGAGCCAAAGCAAACCCUCAGCCAAGUAAAAUUCCAUAUUUCGCUUUCACUUGGAAUUUAAAGGGAGCUCUAAUAACGUUUCCCUUUUCCAACACACACACUUUCCCUUCCCACACAGCUUUCUCCGUCGAGCUGGGCGCAACGGUAAGAAAGGAGGAUGUGUUCGAGGCGAUCCUAGACCAUCAGAGUUUGGAGGACGAGAUGGCUUCCGAAUUCCAGUCCAGCUCCACCACCAAGGUGGCGCGCAACCUGCGCGAGGGACACCUGAAGAAGAGCUUCGUCUAUCUGCUGCUCGAUCCGCGCGUCAGCGAAAACCUGUCCGCCCAGCGGGACCAUCUAGCGGCACACGAGCUGUGGAAGCGCUUCCUCAGCGCCGUGUUUUACGUCGGAAAGGGUAAAAGCAGCCGCCCGUACUGCCAUCUGUACGAUGCGAUUAAGCUGCACCACCAGCGGGAGAGCGCUGGCUGCGAAAACAUCCGCCGGGAGCAAACGGGUGGGGCAGGUUUUACCGUCGAGGCGGAAGAAAUCAUCUUCCAAUGCAGCGAAGCAAGCAUGGCGGCGGCGGUAGGAGGAAAUAAUCUGCGCAAGCGGGGCCAGUCCGGCAAGGGGUCGGGACGCAAGCAGCAGGCAGUGGACAGUGCGAAGCUAAACCGCAUCAUCGACAUCUGGGCCGCCGGCAAGGGUGUCGUGUGUCUGCACGUGUUCCACAACAUCAUGCCGGCCGAGGCGUACACGCGCGAGGCGGCCAUUAUCGAUGCGUACGGUGUGCAGAACCUGACGAAUCUGAAGCGGGGCGACUACUACGGCAAGUGUCUGUCGUGGCCGAUGAAAAGGCGCAAGCAGCUCGGCAUACUGCUGCUGUACAAGGCGUUGCUCAUACACCUGGCGGAAGGCGAAACGCAGCUGCUGCCGAACGAUCUCAUUUGAAAGUUGAACGGGGGGGAAGUGUGAUAAAUAAUGCCUGCCAUUUGUGAUACGCAUGCGCACACUGAUGCUAAAACAUUUACUCGAUCCACCAAACGUGUUCCUUUUUAUUCUUGUGUAAACCAAUAAACUGUUUUAAAUUAUUUUUAUUAUUUAAAAAAAAAAAAAGCAACUGGCGCUAUUUGAUUAAUGCCAAAAACAGCGAAUCGCGCUGCGUUACACGCAUGUUGACGCAUCGGCGUGUGCGAAUUGUUUAAUUUCCGAAGAAGAAUUACGGUGCAAGAAGCACCACCACCUCAUUACUAAAUCAGUGCGUUCAGUGGCAACCCAAAACAAAAAAAAGAAGGAAAAGCGCGCCAGAACCGAACCCGCCCAAAACCUCGCAAGCAAGACCGAUUUUGGCGUCCGCGGGCCCCUUACAGUGGUGUUGCUACCAAAUGUUUCUUCUUUCACCUUCUUCCAGUGCGUGUCAUACGCACUUCUCGCACCCUCAGGGGGUUCAAAACAAAUAAAUUCACCCAAGCGAAACGGAUCGCCGCAACCAGCAAAGAGAAGUGCGCCAAAAAUCCGACGCCAAAAAUCAAACGCCCAAUCAGUACAACACCACCACCCCC